AAAAGGGAUAAAAUGAUUACUUCCGCCCCGGCCCGGAAGUUACUUCCUCGCAUCGCAAUGGUUCCGCCAGUCGCAGUGUCCCCGCUCAUCAAGACGGCCAGGUGGUCUGCCCUGCUGCUCGGCGUCUUCUACGGCAAGCAGAGGUUUGAGUACCUAAAGCCCAUAGCUGAGCAGGAGAGAAUGGUAGAAGAAGCGGAGAAGAAGAUCCGAGAGGAGCAGGAGCGCAUCUACAAACAACUGUCUGAAGCAAAUUCUGACUCCAUCCUCCAAUGAAUUCUCUCUGGACCUGAGUCGUUAUGUUCCAAACUCAAUAAAAAGAAAAAAAUAUUUUUCAUGUAAUAA